UGUCUGCUGAGCAGUGAGCGACCGUAAUGCAAUCGGCGAAACGUUCGUGUUCAACCGAUUUGUAAAUUGGUUUCCUAAUCGCCAGAAAGAAGAUAUGAAAUUAAUUUCGUUAUCUAAAAACUGUGCAGUCCGUCUACGCGAGUGUUGAUUGUAAUGCCGAAGUGUAUUGAUUACAAUUAAAGGUGAUUUUAAGUGCAGUGAUUUAUACGAGAUUGGUUUGGAAGCAUUUUGCCGAUUAAUAAUCUCUCCGUUGCCUUAGUUUGAACAUUAAACUAAGCUAAAAUGCAAGCGAUCAAGUGUGUCGUUGUUGGCGAUGGAGCUGUCGGUAAAACCUGUCUCCUCAUCAGUUACACCACAAACGCCUUCCCCGGGGAGUACAUACCAACAGUAUUUGACAACUACUCCGCGAAUGUCAUGGUUGACGGCAAGCCCAUAAACCUCGGGCUCUGGGAUACGGCCGGACAAGAGGACUACGACCGACUUCGGCCGCUCUCCUACCCACAGACAGACGUGUUCCUUAUAUGCUUCUCACUCGUCAAUCCGGCCUCCUUCGAGAACGUUCGUGCAAAGUGGUACCCUGAAGUGAGGCAUCACUGCCCCUCAACGCCCAUCAUCCUCGUCGGCACAAAGCUCGACCUACGCGAAGACAAGGACACCAUUGAAAAGCUGAAGGACAAAAAACUAACGCCCAUCAUUUACACAUCAGGCCUAGGCAUGUCCAAGGAAAUCGGCGCAGUGAAAUACCUAGAAUGUUCCGCGCUGACCCAGAAGGGGCUGAAGACGGUAUUCGACGAGGCGAUCCGCGCCGUGCUGUGUCCCGUACAGCCGGUCAAGGUGAAGCGGAAGUGUUCGAUACUGUAAGGAUUGCGACGCGUCAGGAGAGAGUGAACGAAGCUCGACGCCAGUGUAAACAGCCUAGCUAUUAUGAAAUUUAGCGCACCAAACAAUCCGUCUUCUAUUUUACCACCAGAGUGCUGUAUGAACUAAAAAUAUGGACUGCAAUCAGAUGCAAUACAAUAGAUGUUAAUUCUUAACUGUUAAAAUACGCAUCAUUUAAAUGUCACGUGGGUUGGUGUGAGUGAGCUAAUGUAAACGCUUUUGUAUAAUCUGUGGAACGACACUGACAUUUGACAGUUGUCUAUGGCUAAGUGACAUCUUUGUAUAAUAAGGGAACAUAUUAUCAGGUUUUUUUAUCGAGUAUAAUUCAUAUUUGGGUGCUUUUUCUAACGCGACUUUUACUAUUUAAAAUACAUUCCUACACUGUUGCUUGAACACCUUACGUCGCCAUUUUUGUUUUAGCAUCGAUAACAUAUAAAAAAAAUCCUCUUUGGUGCGUUGGUGUUUAAAUGUGGAAUUGUUGAAAUUUUUGUGUUAGACAGAGAUUAUAUUUUUCGAUUUAUUAUUGCUUAUUUUUGUUCCCAAUAAUUGUUGUAUUUCAUUAAUUAUUAGGUGUCUGUAAGUACAUACACAGUAUUCGCAAAAAAUGUUAUAUAAAUAUUUAAACUUUCGUAUAUGUAAUGUGUAUUUUUUAAUGCAAUUAUUGUAUGCUAUAAUAGUUAUUGUUAAUUUGGGUAACUUUGGUAUUUUUCUGUAAUGCAUAAAUGAGAAAGGUUCUUGUCUAGUUUUAUCAACUAGCUGAUGCCCCUAGUGUCAUCCGUGUUGGAUUGUCACAAAAUGAAAUUAUUUGGGUAAUUAAGGUAUUUUUUGUGGUAACAGUAUUCGAUUUACACAAUUUUUUCAUUAAACAAUUCUAGAUACGAAGAUAAUAUAAACUUUUCUAUUUUUUUUAGCAC